AGUGCAUUGCAGUGCAGAGAGAAGGAGGCGUUUCAGACGUCUAUCAGCAGUGUUUGCUAGUUUUUCUUGAAUUUUUUUUUAAAAUGCCUGGAGUUAUAGACAUUCCCUAUUAGCUCUCCAAUCUGGAUCAAAGACUCCCAGGCACAGUAGCGUCUCUACAAUUGAUGCAUACUUGACAAGAAAGUUACUGCAGGGAUCCAAAAGCAUUUUUUAGUAGGACACACCUCACUAGUGAUUGAGCUCCCCUUUGUUUCCUGUGGGCUGCCGUAAAGGUGACUCACUUAUUAGGUUCUAUAAGAAGCACUUUAGAGCAAGGAGGAGGAACGACAGAGUCUGCAAGGGAAGCAGGGCACGAAACACAGCCAGACAGCAGAAGACCGUCAGCGAGGGACAGGGAGAGAGAGAGAGCGAGAGGCAGAGAAAUCAAGGAGAGAAAAUAAAAACCCACAGAGGACUCAUCCUCCCUCCCACCAUGUUUCUGCGGACCUCUGCGGCGUUGCUGGUGACCGCCUUCUUCCUCGUGGGUCUGGAAGCUAAAGGCGUCCAGAUGCAGAAGGACAUCCAGUGCUGUAUGCAGUACUCCGGUGGGAAAGUCCGAGCCAAGGACGUGGUGAGGUUCGAGGUCCAGACAGAAGGGCCAGACUGCAGCAUACAAGCUAUCAUACUAUACACCAAGCGGGCAGUGAAAUGUGCUGACCCCAGAGACCGGAAGGUCAAGAGGUUACUGAUGAAGCUGACCCAGAGACAGAGGACCAAGGCACAAAGAUCAACGUGGCCGCAGCCACAGGGAUAUCUCCCACUCAUCACCGAGGCAAAAUAAGGAAAACUUCAGAGAAGAACCCCACCAGAGCACUGACAAGCUUGCAUCUUCAGUUUUGGGCUGAACGUAUGUGCAUUUAUUCUAUGUACAGUAUGUUGGCCUCGGUCUGUCUUGUUGUUUCUUCAUUAAUGUAGCAGAAUCUUUAUUACAUAUACAUAUUCAAUUAUCUCAACUGUUGCUGACUAUACCAAAGUAUUGCUGGUGAAGCUGUAUUAAAUCGUGACUGAACUAUUUUCUAUUGAGUAUUUGUAAAUGCUUGCCUUAGUAGAUAUAAUACAGGGCUCCCAGUUUUACACUGACCAGUUAGGGCUUAAAGAAUGCUGUCAAGUUAGAACUAAGGAGAAUACUAGAAAAGAAUGUAUUAGCUAUUCCUUUAUAUUUUUACACAUUUUAAGUUGGAUUCUUUUUAAAUAAAUGAUUUUGUAACCCUU